UUCAGAUCAUGUGAUGUGCAGUUGGGAAGGAGAUCUGCUGAUGUUCUCAAAAGUUCUGUUUGACAACUGAAGAACGAACAUGAUAUUCCUUAUACAUGUUUUGAGUGUGAUUAGUAUUGGAACUUUGUUGCCUUGGCGAUGUAGCGGUGAGAAACUAUUCAUGGAGUACUUACUGAAGGCACAGUGUCAGGCAAGAUGCAACAAACUGGUUGGGCAGCAGCCACGACUUGCUGCAUCAGAAUUCUUUGACAUCUAUCCAGCUUAUGUCUGCAACAACAAUCCUUUGAAAUGCAGUCAGUGUUCUCUGCCAUGUGUUUUUCAUCAUACUGAUGUGUCAUCCUGCUUUAACAUAUGCGAAAGCAGUAUCUGCAAUUCCAGUUGUGAGUUUUUCUACCAGGCAAAAGCAGAAGUGAAGGAAAACAUGACUGACACUCGUGUUUCUAGCAGUGGUCUUUAUUUGGUGGAGCCAGUGAUCACAUGUACAUAUUCUGCUAAAGGUCCUCCAGGGAGGAAGGAUGUCUAUAUUUCAUACUUGAGGUGGAAUGUUAAAGAUAGAGGCAGAAAUACCUCGACAACCAUACCUCUGUGUUUCCUUGUGUCCAUGCAGAUUACAACCGUAACUGGUGACCUAUCACCUUGGAGACUUUUGGGAAAGACAAACUUCAGCUUCAUUCCUGCCACCAAGCUCAGUGCAGGAUUACGAUUCCGCUUCAAUGUGACUGCUGUGACAGAAAAUGGCAUCAGUGAUGCAACAAAAGUGACCCAGUGGGCAGUCAUGCCUCCAGCAACCUCCAAACCUCAAGAGCCAAGAGAAGUCCAAGUUGUUCACCAGCAAGUCAGGCAUGGUAAAGUUGCUGCCCUGGUUAGAUGGAAGCCAGGCAAAAGAGGUGGCUGCUUCUUUAAGCUUUACUGGAUGGGAGAUGGGGACAUGAAAGAUUCCUUUCAUGCAAGGGAUAUACCAGAAUGGCCUGAGUUCAAGUACGAACUGGUGAACUUAAUGUUUGGUCGGAACUACAGUGUCCAGGUGCAUACCUUUGACAGAUUUUAUAAGGUCAACAGUAAGCCGGCGACAGUUCGCUUCCAAACCCUCAGCUGUCUUGACCAUACAAACCAUAGUUAUGCUAUCUGUGAGCCUGAUCCAGCCCGCAACCUCACAACAGGUAUAAGCCAGAAAUUCAUGGACACUGAAGGAAGACUUUUUGUUAAUGUGACGUUGUCAUGGUUGCAGCCUAUGUAUGUGUCCAGGCAUAAUACCAUCAAUAUGUUUGUGAUCACAUGGCACAAGAAGCCACCCUUGCCUUACAGUGCACAAAUUGAAGCUCACCAUGGGGAGAUAAAACUUUCAGGGCAACAGAAACACCUGGUACUACCAUGUCUUCACAUGGAUUCAGAAUACCUGAUAUCAGUGAAGGCUGUAACCCAAGGUGGCUCAACGUCAGCCACAGUGCUGCUGGUUCUGGGAACUCCCUACAAAAGCAUCGUUGGUAUGGCAGGAAAUACCAAUAUAUCAAUGAACACCCACCUGGUGAGCAGAGUGAACAAGAACAUUUACAUCCUCACUCUCCUACCUGCAUUUCUGGCUUGUGUGGCUGCGCUCAUGUUCUAUAUCUACCAUAGACAUUUCAAGCCAAACUUAACAAUGCACCAGACAAGAUGUUUAGCCAAACAGGAACUGAACCCACUUUAUGGCAGUGUUGGGAGUGCAGGAAGCUACCAGGAGGAACUGACAACACUCAUAAGUGAUGGCUAUGAAAUUGACCUUGCUCGCAUACACUUCAUUGAAACACUAGGUGAGGGAGCAUUUGGCAGAGUGAUGAAAGCUGAAUUGGAGUCACCUGACUCCAAGAGGGACUCGAUGACAAGGACAGUGGCAGUCAAAAUGCUAAAAGAUCAUGCAACUGAGGAUGAGAGACGCAGCCUUUUCCUUGAAAUUGAGGUCAUGAAACAGUUUGGAUUUCACCAGAAUGUAGUCAGCAUGAUAGGCUGCUGUACAACUGGCAGUCGUAUCUGUCUUGUUAUGGAUUUUUGCCUGCUUGGAGACCUACGGAAUUAUUUGAGAAACUACAGGGAAAAGCAUCUGAGUUGUAUGCCGCUCAAUCAUGCAAUUCAGGCAAGGAAACCCAAAGAACGAAGCCAGAUGAACUCUGACAGUGGGAUUAGUCAACAUUCCAGCCAAGAUAAAGGUGAAUAUGGUGCUGAUGGUGCCCAGGAGAGUCACUCAACCUGUGCAUCCUCGAUGCCAUCAUAUCAAUUUCAAGUCAACACUGACGUGUUUUUUGAGGAAGAGAACUUCAUUGACCAGACAAUGUUACUGUCGUAUGCACGUCAGGUUGCUCUUGGGAUGGAGUUUUUAUCACAGAAAAAAUUUGUACACCGAGAUUUAGCCACCCGUAAUAUAUUAGUGUACAGUCACCGUCUGCUGAAGAUAUCAGAUUUUGGUCUGUCACGUGACGUAUACGAGACUAAUGUCUACCAGCCAACUUCUGCCAGGAAACUCCCAUACAAAUGGAUGGCACUUGAGUCUAUAUUUGACAACGUCUUCACCACAAUGAGUGAUGUAUGGUCCUUUGGUAUACUCUUGUGGGAAAUAGUGACACUUGGUGGAUGUCCAUAUCCUGGCAUCCCAAACAAGGAUCUCUUUCGGCUGCUAAAAGAUGGUUAUCGAAUGGAAAAACCAGAUAACUGCAGUCAUGAAGUCUAUCAGAUGAUGUUGUCAUGCUGGCACCCCAGGGCAGAGGACAGACCCUGUUUCGCCGAACUUAGGUACAAGAUCGAGGCGCUGCUAGAGGCCACCUGCUCCUACAUUGACCUCACAGUCAACGUGAGUCCUGACUACUACAUACAAGACACUAGUGAGGAGCAGGAGCCUUGUCGAUCACCAACCAAUCACUCACCAAAAUGGGUGACAUUUGACACAUGCUCAAACUUUACCAACAAGGAAAAUAACUUAGAUUCCUAUAGAUCUGCAGUAUCAGGCGACAGUGAGAGUGGAACUGAAUGUAGUUAUCACUCUUAAGAUGAUGUCAAAUGUGGAGAACAUGAGAAUAUGAGCUUGACCCCAAGUCAUUCUGAUCCACAGGCAAAGGUAGUGUAGCAGUGACAUUAAUGAUAACACCUUCACUGGGGAUGCUGGGAAGGCAGGUUGUCCAAAUGAAAACUGACAGAUAUCCACUCCCAGAUGUUCAAGAUCAGAGAGACAUGGAAUUCAGAAAGGAGUUCCUGGAUUCCAUGCAGCAUUACAGUUUUCAUGCAGCCAAAGUGGUUUCCAGAUUCAUAAUUUGGAUCAGAUCUACAAAGAAAAUACGUAAAGGUGUAGUUAGUAUCUUUGGAAAGCCUCAGUACUCCAGCUUUCCAACGUCAAUGUCAGAUUUGAAAGGAUCAAGUGUAACUGUCUUUCAGGGACCUUUCCAUGUCACCAUACUAUUUAUUGGAAGUGCACUUCUGCUACAUAUAAAUGGAUAAAUCUUCAAACCUUCAUUGUGAAUAAAUAUUUCAUUUAUGCUGUGAAA